UCGACUAAAUGUUCACUUGAUUGAGCGAGCCCAUACCAGUAAGGUAAAAAGGCCGGUCUUAGUGUGUAAUAAUGCUUUAGUAUCGUAAACAUGUGGAAAACUGCCCCAAUAAGUAUCAUAAUACUUACUUUGGGGACUUUCUUAAAGCAAUGCUCCACCAACGACAAUGCAAAACGACUUUACGAUGACUUGUUGAGGAAAAGGGGCUACAACAAACUCAUCAGACCCGUUGGUAACAACAGCGAUAAACUUACUGUCAAGCUAAGUAUUCGACUUUCGCAGCUUAUAGAUGUGCACGAGAAGGAUCAGGUGAUGACAACUAAUGUAUGGCUGAGACAGGAAUGGUAUGAUAACACUUUAGUUUGGUCUCCAAGUGAAUAUGGUGGCGUCAACAGGUUGUAUGUACCAUCCCGGGAAAUCUGGCUACCCGACAUAGUUCUCUAUAAUAAUGCCGACGGAAAUUACGAAGUCACCCUGAUGACAAAAGUUACCUUACAUCCAACUGGAAAGGUUGUCUGGGAACCUCCGGCCAUCUAUAAAAGCUCGUGUACGAUCAAUGUUGAGUUCUUUCCCUUUGAUGUGCAGACAUGUUCCAUGAAAUUUGGUUCAUGGACAUACGAUGGCUACCAAGUGGACCUCGUUCAUUUAUGUGAUGAGAUGGCGGAACCGGAAGUACCAAUAAAACCUGGUAUCGACAUACGAGACUUCUACCCUAGUGUAGAAUGGGAUUUGUUACAAGUUUAUGCUCAGAAAAAUGUGCGCAAAUAUCUUUGUUGUCCAGAGCCUUAUCCUGAUAUAACAUUCUUCAUUGAAAUGAGACGCAAAACAUUAUUCUAUACCGUUAAUCUUAUAAUACCAUGUGUAGCAAUAUCAUUCUUGACUGUUUUGGUAUUUUAUUUACCGUCCGACUCUGGUGAAAAAGUGACAUUAUGUAUAUCCAUCCUUUUGUCAUUGACUGUGUUCUUUCUCCUUUUAGCGGAGAUUAUUCCUCCCACGUCUAUAGUGGUGCCUUUGGUAGGCAAAUAUCUCUUAUUUACUAUGAUACUUGUGACACUCUCUAUUAUAGUGACUGUAGUUGUUUUAAAUGUUCAUUUUCGGUCACCUUCAACACAUGUAAUGUCCCCUUGGGUGAGAAGGGUUUUCUUAACAAUUUUACCUAAACUCUUGGUAAUGCGUCGACCACAUCUAGAACCCGAGAAGCCACAGAAAGCCAUGAUAAGGACUUGUAAUGGAAUGGAAUUUCGAGAUAAUCGACCAGAGUCGGGCUAUCAACACACCCAAUCAGCAGGUUUCAGACGUUCCAUGCAUGAACAAGAACUAUUACCAAGCAGUGAAGAAACUGCUGCCAAUGCUUUAUUUAGAAAUAAAUACUAUACAGCGGAGGUUGUAGACGCCAUUGAAUCAGUGACGUUUAUAGCUGAACACUUGAAGAAUGAGGAUAAGACUUCUGCUAUCAUUGAAGAUUGGAAAUAUGUUGCUAUGGUUUUAGACAGAGUAUUUCUGUGGAUUUUCACAACUGCUUGUGUUGUUGGUACUUUUGGUAUAAUCUUACAGGCACCAACUCUAUAUGAUGGUAAAGAACCAAUCAACCUGGAUAAAUAUACCACCUAUUGUUCUGGGAUAUUAUAAUGUAAUGAAUUUAUGACUUGGGUGGCGAUUAUUGUCUUGAAUAUUUCAUCCUAAUUUAUGACACUACCCUUCAAUAUCAAAUAUUAUGAUAUUACCCUUCAAUAUCAAAUAUUGAAUCCUUAUAUUAAAAUCAACGGAAACUAAUAUUGCUUUCGUUACACAUUCAAUCAUUGCCAUCUAUUCUUAGUGAUAAUCAUCACAACUUUUAAAAUCCUAAGAAUUGUAAGGAACUGUGUCGAAAUUUCAGUCCUCUUACACAUACUUGUAAUUGUCUGUAAUAAUGUCAACUUAAUAUUACAGUAUUCAUAUUUAAAUAUUGAACAGUUGUAAAAAUUAAAUACAUGCUGUUUCGGGAAAAGACAAAUCAAUCCUAUGGAUUGUUGUUCAGCACAAUAAAUCAAUAAAUACAAAUGGAAAUAUUUUAUUGAAUACAUUCAAUAUGUAGUAAAUUAUAAAUGAGUAUACUUUACGUAGUCAAUCAUAAAAAUUGAUUGUCAUUUGGACUAGUGAUGCCCCCAGACCCUUACUGGAGUACCCGGGCUCCACCCCUUAUAUGAUUCCAUGCUGUGAAAUCAGGAAUUCUGAAAGGAAACCACCACAGUCCAUACAUGCAUACACAUUUAUGUUGCUGAAUUAAUUAGGUAUGUAAGCCAAUAUAAUAUCAAAAAGAGAUUAUUUUUUUAUUAUAUUGACAGGAAAAGUCUACUUUUAUUCAACUCUGUAAAUUUUUUAAUUCCUUACUUAAAUUUUAAAUUCUUACAUGAUAGCAAAUCACAUAUACGUUGCAUUUUCCUGUAGACAUAACUUGUCUAAUCGGUCUAAAAUAUGUGUUGAUUUUAAUUCAAAAAGGGUUUAAAAUUUAAGUCAAAAUCCCAUCUCCGCGAAACAAAGAGUUUCCUAUGCUUAAACUUACAAAACGAGUCAUAUUAAUUUAUUAUGAAGUUUUAAAUAUCAUAUUUAUUAUGUUUUACGAUGAUGUUAACGAAGGAGUUAAUUAAUGUGUAUAUGUUACUAUUGAUUUUGUGAUUUUUGUUUUUUGUUUGGAAAUAAAGCAAAAUUUAAUUUUGUGUUUUAAGACUU